UUCAUGGAGGUGAUAUCGGCCCCGGGCGAAGGGCUAGCGACGGGAGGAAAAUCAUUGAUUUUGCUGAGAAUGGUCAGGCAAUUGGCGAAUGGGCUGAAGAAUUUAAAACUUUUUUAGGCAAGACUGUACGUGAUCGCGUAGAUAUUAACAUUCAGGGUUGGAAGACAGUUGAAAACAGAUUAAAGUUGCAAAUCUGGAAAGAGAUUCAGGAUGCAUAUGUUGUUGAUGACAAGAUGUACACCGUCAUUUUUAAAAGGUUAGGAAAGGUUCAUCGAGAUUUCAGGAGUAGGUUGAGGACGGGCUUUCUAAAUAAGACGCGACCAGUUGGACAUGACAGCGGUGAAGCAUUUGAGAAGUAUAAAGGCAUUGUGACAAAAGAUGCUUGGGAAGAGUUCUGUGCUAAGGCGAAGACUCCAGAAUUUAUGGCAUUAAGCGAAAAAAACAAGCAAGCUGCCCAACAGAACAUUUACCCUCACCAUAUGGGUCGAUCAGGAUAUGCUCUAUCAAUACCGAAAUGGAAAGAAC